UCAAUCGCUCCUCUAAUGAUCAGCGUGGGCACCGUCCCCCUCUCCCCCUCUGUCUCUCUCUCUCUCCAACUUCCAUUAUUCCUGGAAUUCUCUCUCCAUUAGAAGGAUCUCCUCUCUGAAAAACCAUCCGAUCCUCGGUAUCGUUCCCUUCGUCCUGCAUGGCUUCGGCAGGUCGGCCGCUGCCCAAGUUCGGGGAGUGGGAUGUGAACAACCCGGCAUCUGCCGAGGGAUUCACCGUCAUCUUCAACAAGGCGAGAGACGAGAAGAAGACCAGCGGGACCGCGGCGAACAUGGUGUCCCCUCGAAGGAACGUGUCCCCUCGAAGAACCAAGUCGACUUACAGCAAGAACGAGAAGAGGCAGCAGAGUCCUAAGAGGAAAUGGCUCUGCUGCGGCUGACUUCAACUGCUGCUCUUGAGGC